AUGGCACCAGCUGAAAUCUGCAAUCCAUCUAUUCCGAUACCUGACACCAUCUGGCAAUCGUUCAAGUCUGCCGUAUCGAAAACUCCUCAAGAUGUUGCCUACACCGUCUACUAUGAACCGGCAGACCAUCUUCGAGAGCUCCGGUGCCCAAAAUAUGCACCUUCAGGGAGCUACCUCAACUGGACGUUCGCCGAGCUCGAAUAUGCCACAGUGAGCUUGGCCGCUGGCAUGCUGACUAGAGGUGUGAAACGCGGCUCCAUAAUGGUGACUUUCUUGCCCAACGGCAUCGCGCGUGAACUUUGCUUGUGGGUAUCUGUCGCUCUCCAACUUACGCUCUUGCCAUGCGACCCGGCCUUGCUUGAGGCUGGUCGUGAAGAGCAAUUCAAGGAGUACAUCGACACAGUCUCACCAGGAGUUGUGAUCGUGAGCGGUGAUCAAGCUGCCACAACAUGGGAAGAGCGAAGCCUAGGCACGGGAGCAUUGCAGUUGAUUCUCCAGCCCACCACUCGACCGGAUUGGACACGUUUCACCGCCUUACCGCUUCCGAAGGGCGACUACGAUGCCGAGUUGGAGCUCAUCGACCAGCAAGAUCUUGAAAUCGAGAAUGAUCGCGAACGCAUCAUUGCGAUCCUCUUUACCUCCGGCACAUCCUCCGGAAAACCCAAAGGCUGCGCCAUAAGAUCUCGCCAGAUCCUCACCGGCGCUCAUGGCGAUUCUGUCUUCGACAAGCCGGUGCAGUCGUUGCUCGUUCCCUAUCCAAAUUAUCGCGCUGCAGCCAAUUGGAUGACUUAUCAUUGUAUCCUCCAGAAUACAAGACUCGUGUUCCCUUCAGUGGCCGUGGAUAUCGCGGCGAUGUUGGAUGUCAUCGAGAUCUGCCAAGUAGAGGGCGCGAUUAUCAUGCCGUUUAUGGUGCAUCUCUUCUCCAAAGAUGCCAAAUUCAUCGCCGGCAAGAGGGAUCUGAGCAGUUUCAAGAGGGUUAUGUUGGGAGGAGACGUCAUUACGGUGGGCGUAAUAGAGCAAGCGCGCGCAGUCUUCCCUAAUGCAGUCGUUCGAGGUAGCUCUAGUAUAAGUGAAUGCAUUGCUGCCUUAACUUCGAAGAAAUAUAGAGAAGGUCUUCAACCCACCUUUGGCACUAUUGUCAGCGCGGGCUAUCCAGCACAAGCUACUUAUGCUAGGUUCUGUGACGAAAACCGCAAGAAGAACGUGCAGCCGGAGUUAUUCUACGAGGAUCAGAAGGGUAACUGGAUGUUAACUGGCGAUCGUGCAUUCAUGGACGAGAAUGGUUUCAUCUUCAUCACCGGAAGACUGAAAGACAUUAUCAAGAAGCGCGGAAGGACGAUCUCGCCAGCGAUCAUCAGUUCGAGGUUGAACAAACAGCCUGGCGUUCUGGCCACGGUUUUCGGAGUUCCUCAUGAGAUUGAUGGCGAAUCAGUCGUGGCGGUGAUUGACAGCGCUGAUCCAUCGAACACUCCAGAGCGUAUCAAGCAAAUUGUCCAGGAGUCUCUAGGCAAUGACUAUGCUCUCGAUGAAGUAUACAGUCUCGGAGACCUGGGCUUGCGCAGCUUUCCCAUUGGACCCACGGGCAAGAUCCUCAGGCAGUGUUGGAACUUAAACAGCGGCAAGGGUCAAGUGCGACGCCAAUUGUCGAGUGAUAGCUAG